CUCCCUUCAGAACUGCGAUGGAAGAGGAGGAUCAACAUCAGCACCAGCCUCAGCAGCAGCCCUUCCACCACCACCUGCUUGACACUCUGCCCCACGCUCUUGUCCACUCCAUCUGCUUCUUCCUCGACAUCGCCUCCCUGGGCCGCUUAAGGCAGGCGUCCUCGCGCGUGCAGCCCGUCCUCGACGAGUACGCCAACUUCUGGCGCAUCUACUGCCACAGCUACAGGCGGCUGAGCGCUCUCGCCCUGGGAGGCGCCACCACCGACUGUAAGAUAAGACAUCAAAAGAAGUGGAGUGGGCGACGUGACGACGUGAGUGUUGAUGGAAUGUGUGUGCGUGUGAAUGCAUGCAGGCCCUGGGUGGCGGUCAGUGGCUGAGGCGAGUUUUCGCCGGCUGCUGAGGGCAUCAGUCGUCGGACAGAGAUGCUACGCUGCGGCGUCGGCAGAGAGACUCACCAGCGCGCACAAGCCUCGGUGCCCACCGCUCGAGCGAGACGCCCUCAGCCUGCCGGCUGCACACAUGUAGGAAGGCCCAACCGACACUUACGCACACACAACAAUCACAUAACUGACUGUGCACAUGUGGGUGUUGUGUCCUGUGCAGCGUGUGUCUGUCUGGUCUUGACGUCCGCCAUGACGUGUCGUUUCCCGACCGAGAGCCCCUCACCGCCCCUCCCCACUCCUUCCUCUUCCACUGCCCCCAGCCCCGCCCAUUCAACCCCGCCCCCAACCCGUUCCCCCCCGGCUUCAACCCGCUCCCGCUGCAUCUCCAGGACAACGCGAGCAACGGCAGUGGGUCAGAAAGCAGCUCCUCUGACGAGCUGGAGACGCAAUUGAGGAGGUCAGCCGUCCCUCAGCCAGCCGCCGUGUGUGACGAGAUAAGGAAGGCGGAGAAAGAGGGGCGGGGGGCUGGGGCGGGGGAGGGGCUGCGCCAGCUGUGCGUGGGCGACACGCCGUUCAGACAGAGCAUCGGCAUGUUCAACCACAAGAUUGAUGGGUAAGGGAGGCAGGCAGGCAGGCAGGCAGUGACGUACAACGAACGGCAGACUGGGUAUGGUAUGUGUGUCUGUUCAGCUGCAGGACGUUGCUGGUCGACCCAUCCCCCGCCACGAUGAUCGCCAUUUCGGCAUCGGUCGGUGUGGACGGCCAUGUGGUUGCCGUCUUCACCAACGACUACCCCGUGAGGCGGACACGGCAGCCCCUCACCAUGGGCAGUGCUCAAAGGGCGGCGGGGCGAGAGAUGGAGCAGGACGCCAUGGCAGCCACGUGCCCACACUUUGAAUGUGAGACAAUGGGUGUGGGAUAACGAUAACGGUCGGAGCUUUCGCCAUUCUCUGUGGGUGCUUCUUGUGUGUGAGCAGGUACAGAGGAGGUGUUGACGUGGGUGGCUGCCUGGCUGGGCAACGUGUCCCUGCUGUUCGGCAUCCGCGACCUCUGCCACAAGACGCGUUUCAACCAUCCGAUGCUCCAUGGCUUCACCGCCAUUGUCUUCGAUGUGCCUGGUAAGACUACUUAGCGCAGUGUGCCCGUCUGUCUGUUGAUAUCUCUGUGUGUGAAUGUUUGUCUGUGUCUGUGUGGUCAGAGCGCUUGUUGUCGACAUCGCCGCUGCCCGACCCCAUCCGCCGGUCACGGCUCCUGGCGCGCGUCUUCAUGACGCUCCAGUCCUGCCACGCCACCAUUGCCAAACGUACGACCCGCACGGCACUCCACACACGUCGCUCAUGCACACACACGAGGAGCACCAUUUGCCCCUCCCUCCCUCCCUCCCUCCCUCUGUAUGUGCAGACAUAUCGGAGGUGCAUGUGUGGUGUGUGCUCCGCGACGAGCGUGUUGCGAUCCCACACAUACCCACCCUCACGCGCCUCAAGCCGGGGUUCGAUGCCGCGUGGCGGCUGCAGGGCUUCCCGGAGAUACAAGAGGUGAGUGACCGCCACACACACGACCGUCCACCCAUCCAUGGUGCUGCGCUGUCGUGUGUGGCAUGGAUGUGUGUGUGCAGCACAGGAGCGUGGAUGGCGAGGCAUACCGCGGGAUGAUGGUAGUGUACGCGUUCAACCGCUUAUAUGUGGAGGUGGAAGAGGUCGACUGACUGACUGAGUGAAUGAAUGGCUGACUAAUGGGGUGGGUUGUGGUUUGGUGGGUGUGUAAAGCUGAUAGAAGGAUGGGCGGGGUGGGGUGGUGCUUGCUUAAAGGGGUUUCGGGGGUUUGGGCCUUUUUCGUGUGUGGGGGCGGUUUGUCAAUUGUACGGGUUGGCCAGCUGCGGUGUGUCGAGCGAGCAUUCGUGUGCUCCUCCCCCACCCCACAUCCCAUCCCCCACAUCCGGGGUGGGAUGCGACGCGGGGGCGGAGUAGGGCGAAGGCUUGCCCGACAGACUAGGCUGACGUGCCGCUGCUGGUUUUGCCAGUGGGGAGGCGAUGAUAAGCAUGCAAGCAAGAGUGUGUAGAUUGGCUGUGUUGCUACUGCGACAAUGGCUCCUGGUGUUGGAGUCGAACGCUUGCCGGGAUGACGUGCGUCGGCCGGAAAGACACAACGAGCAUACGAACCGUUCGUUUGCUUCUUUUCUGUCCGGCGUACGUCAUGUGGCACGUUCGGCGUCAUCCUCCUGAUCCUGACCUGCACCUGCCGAGACGCACAUCGAUGGUUGCUUGUUUUGUUGAGAUGAACCGUCCAUCUAUCGCACGCGCACGCUGUCUAGCCUGAUGUUGGCGCAUGUGUGUCGCGAAGCAUGCGUCCAUGGAACCGUCACCGUGCAGAGGCAGUUUGUGUGUGGCUGGUUUGCCUUGUGGAUGAC